AUGGGUGAGGAGACCCAAUACCCUGCAGUGUCGCCGCCGCCUGUCGAUGAGAAGAAGCAGCCAGAGUCCAGCAGCUCGCGGGAUGGAGAGGCGACCGACACGGAGGUGCAGGCUGGUGUGCAGCAGGUCGAGGCCAUGGCAACGGUCUGGUCGAUGACCGCCCUCGUCCUCGCCUACAUCUUCAUCUGGAUCGUCUACUUUGUGAUGCUGAUGGAGCAGGGCAUCGUCGCAGCGCUGACCCCCUUCGUGACCUCUGCCUUCCAGCACCACUCGCUCACACCGACGGUGGGCAUCCUGAGCAGCGUCAUCGGCGGAGUGUGCAAUCUGACCGUCGCAAAGAUCCUCGAUGUCUUCGGGCGGCCCCAGGGUUAUGCGAUCUCACUGGCCAUCGCAACCGCCGGCCUGGUCAUGAUGGCGGCGACGGCCAACGUGGAGACCUACGCCGCCGCGCAGGUGUUUUGGACCGUUGGCAGCAACGCCUUGCUCUACAGCAUCAACAUCUUCGUCGCCGAUACGACCAGCCUGCGGAACCGUGGCCUCAUGACCGCCCUGACCGCCUCGCCCAACAUCAUCACCAUCUGGCUGAGCGGUCCCAUCUCGGAAGCGUUCCUCAAGGGGCCCGGCUGGCCCUGGUGCUUUGGCGCCUUCUCCAUUAUCGUGCCCGUCCUCUGUCUGCCGCUGCUGGGCCUCGUCCUGCAUAACUACUUCAAGGCGAAGAAACAAGGAGCCAUGGCCUCGACAAAGGGAUCGAGGACGGCCUGGCAGUCGUUCAUCUACUACUGCCGCCAGUUCGAUGCCAUCGGCCUGCUGCUGCUCACCACCGGGCUCACCUUCUUCCUCCUGCCCUUCAACCUGUAUAGCCUGCAGCCCCUGGGUUGGCAGUCGCCUCUGGUCAUCUGCCUGCUCGUCUUUGGUCUCGUUCUAAUGGUCGUCUUUGCCCUGUGGGAAAAGUUCUUCGCACCCGUCACCUUCAUCCCUUUCUCCCUGCUGCUGGAUCGGAAUCUCGUCGGCGCAUGCUUUCUCGGUACCGUCCUCUUCAUCAGCUUCUUCUGCUGGAACAGUUUCUUCAGCUCCUUCCUCCAGGUUGUUAACGGCCUCAGCGUCACCAACGCCAGUUACGUCGUCCAGAUCUACAGUCUCGGUAACACUAUUGCUGGAAUUGCUGCCGGCGUCGCCAUCCGUUAUACCGGACGAUACAAAGCCAUUACUCUCUACGGUGCUAUACCCAUGUACACGCUGUUUAUGGGCCUGAUGAUCUAUUUCCGCGAGCCAGACGCCAAUAUCGGCUACAUCGUCAUGUGUCAAAUCUUCAUUGCUUUCGCCGGCGGAGUUCUUAUCAUCACCCCCCAGAUCGCUGCCAUGUCCGCCGGAUCCCACCAGGACAUCGCAGCUAUUCUUGCAAUCCUGUCCAUGUUCUCGGCCAUCGGCGGAGCUAUUGGUCUAACCGUUGCUGGCGCUAUUUGGCAGUCUGUCUUCCCCGCAAAGCUUCUCGAGUUCCUCCCCGUCGAGGAGCAGGCGAAUCUCCUCGAGAUCUUCGGCAAGUUGGAGGUGCAGCUUAGUUAUCCCAUUGGAUCGCCGGCCCGCAUUGCUAUCCAACGCGCCUAUGCUAGCGCGCAGUCGAGCAUGCUCACUGCUGGCACCGCCAUAUGGGCUGCCGGAUUUGCCGCUGCUGCCAUCUGGCGGAACACUGACGUGAAGGAAAUAAAACAGGUCAAGGGACAGGUUAUUUAA